AUGGUUAGGGAUUUCCCACUGUACCGUUCCUCGGUCCCGGAGCCCCGAUAUUGGGACCAAAACUACUCCGAUGUCUUUCAAGCCACCGUGAAAGCUCAGGCCGCCGGCAGCGGCAACGAGUCGUCCAAGCUUCAUGGUUUCAACAAUGUCUACCCUCCGGGGAUAAUUAAAUGCCAACCGACUGCAGGGGCACAUCCCUUGGCUCUAUAUAUUGGCGAGAGCCCUUUGAAAACUCCCUUCACACUCGUUUUGCUAGAGAUUUUAUUGGUCAUCGUCGCCACUCGCGGUGUUCGUUUUCUUCUUAAGCCUUUCAGACAACCUAAAAUCGUGUCGGAAAUCAUUGGUGGGAUAUUCAUCGGACCGUCAAUAUUAGGACGAAGCAAGAAGUUCACCGCCGUUGUGUUCCCAGAAAAUUCACAAUUUAUUAUUCGGAACAUUGGAGUAAUGGGAUUCAUGUAUUUCAUCUUUAUCUCCGGAGUGAAAAUGGAUAUGUCCGUGGUAGCAAGAACAAAGAAGAAGCAAUUGGCCAUAGCAGUGCUUGGAGUGUUCAUCCCUUUGAUAAUGACAGCAAGUGUUAGAUUGAUUUUUCGUAAGUCAAUGAACAAAGAGCUAGGAAAACUCUCAACAAUAGGAGCAAUUGCUUCAACUUUAGCCCUUCCAUUGUUCCCUGUAAUCUACCCCAUACUAAAAGAGCUCAAUCUCCUUAGCUCCGAUAUAGGGCGAGUUGCGCUGUCGAUAGCGGUGAUCAGCGAUGGGAUCGGGCUCACCGCUAUAAUCGUCUUCGAGGCAGCUAAACAAGGGGAGGGGAAGCCCAUAGCCGUCCUCUGGUACACCAUUUCUUUGGUGGUUAUGCUGGCAUUCACUAUGGUCGUGAUAAGGAAAAUCAUGCAGAAAAUUAUUGAUGACACCCCGGAUGGUCAAUAUGUUGACCAAUCUUAUGUGGUUGGGAUUUUGUUGCUGGUUAUGGUUAUGGGCUUUUUCACGGACAUGUUCGGUGUGGCUAUUGCUAAUGGGCCGUUUUGGUUGGUUAUAGUGAUUCCAGAUGGCCCGCCGCUGGGUUCGACACUGGUGGAGAGGAAUGAGACGUUGAUAAUGGAGAUUUUGAUGCCAUUUUCAUUUGCUGCUAUAGGUCUUCUCGUUGAUGUUGAAGCUAUGAGUAUGGCGGGUUGGGAUGCCUUGGCACCAUUGUUUGCCAUGGUUAUAACUUGUUACUCUUCUAAAUUCAUAGCUACUUUUGCUACUUCUAUGUUUUUUGAAGUGCCAUUCAGAGAUAGUGCUGUUCUUAGCCUUGUUAUGAGCCUAAAAGGUCAGGUGGAGCUAAUACUAUUUCUCCAUUGGAUAGAUAAGAGGAUGAUGGGGCCACCAGGAAUAACGAUGCUUGUGCUACUAAUAACAAUAGUGACUGCAACAGUCACACCCUUGAUCAGCAUCCUAUAUGACCCAACAAAACCAUAUAUGGUUCACAAAAGAAGAACAAUUCAGAACACCCCAACUACAGACGCAGAACUUCGAAUAGUUCUAGUCAUAUACGAUGAAGAUAGCACAGCUGGCCUCAUCAACCUUCUUGAAGUCAGCAAUCCAACAAUAAGCACCCCAUUCUCGAUCUUUGCCAUUCGCCUCAUCGAGCUAGUUGGCCGUGCUUCUCCUGUGUUUAUAGACCAUCAGAAGCAAGAAGACGAGGUUGAGCUGAAAUAUUCAGUCUCUCAAACCAUCCACAGCCUUAAGUUGUAUCAAGAAAGCAAAGGUGACUAUGUCAAGCUCUUUAACUUUACAGCCAUAGCACCAAUCAGAACAAUGUACCAAGAUAUUUGUGAGCUAGCACUGGUGAAAAGAGCCACACUUAUGAUCUUACCUUUUCACAAGGAAUGCCUGGACACUCUUGGAGGUAAAUUGACAGAAAUGGUGAGAUCUGGGAUUAGGCAUGUCAACACAAAUGUUCUAGCACAUUCACCUUGCUCGGUUGCUGUUCUAGUCGAUAAGGGUCACCUCAGACAUCCACUCAUGGCAUUCCGACACUCCGAUCUACACUUUGUCGUGUUGUUUUUGGGAGGCGCGGAUGCGAGGGAGGCUUUGUGUCUAGCUGAUAGGAUGGUCGGGAAUCCUAACGUGUCAUUAUCUGUGAUUCGAUUUCAUUCAUACAAUUUCGAAGGGGAUAAUGAGAUAGAGAAGAAAAUGGAUGAUGGGGUUGUGACGUGGUUUUGGGUAAAGAAUGAGAGGAAUGAGAGGGUUGCUUAUAAAGAGGUGGUAGUGAAGAAUGGGGCAGAGACAGUAGGAGCAAUACAAGCUUUGGAUGAUGAUACUUGUGAUGUAUGGAUAGUGGGGAGAAAACAAGGGAUCAAUCCUGUUCUUCUGGAUGGGUUAUCAAAUUGGAGUGAGAAUCAAGAAUUAGGUAUAAUGGGGGACUUCCUUUCCUCUGAUGAUUUUGGUGGCACUGGUUCUGUUUUAGUGGUACAGCAGCAAAUUUUGAGAGGGGAAGGGACAGGUAAAGCUGGACUUACUGGUGGCCUAAAUUUAUGUUAG